UAUUUGUUUUAAAAUUCUCUGUUUUGUUUUAAAAAUUCAAAAAAAAUUUUAAUAUAAAAAUUUGUGGAUUUAAUUUUAGUAAAGAAAUUCAAAUCAAGAGAAUAGUACAAAUGACAGUUACAACAGCCAUUGUCGUUUCGGGGCUGUUUCAAAUUGUGCUGCGCACGUCCUUCUUCUUCGAACAGGAAAAGGAUCUCUGCUCGCCUGCACCUUCCCUCGCCAGUUGGAUUUUCCUCAUUGCACUACUGGAUCUCAUCUCCGAUCUAUGCCUCUAUCCUGUACGAUAUAUGCAUUUGCCAUACUUCUGUCAGGUGAUGGUCGAGACCAUUCUCACCAUUUUGUUAACGGAAUUUGGCACCCUUAUCGUCUGGUGUACACUGGAGAAGCUAUUUUGGCGUUUAAUCAAAUCCAUACUGCUCGUUAUGGGUAUGUCUGCGAAAACGUAUGCCAAUUAUGAGACUCUCAUAUUGGGCGUGACAACUACAGCGAUCAGUUUGAUGAUAUUGGCUUUUGUUGGUCAGGCGACCGAUCACUUUCACUUGAUACGCAAAAAAUAUCAUCGCAUGCAACGUAAAGUGUCGCUGAAUCUCGAAAGGUUCCGAGAAUAUAUUAAUGGUUGUAGAUGUGCUUCGUCACGUUUGCGCUGUAAAAACAUGCGCGAUUGCCUUUCGGAUGAUUUUGAGAGCAUCUGUUGCCCGAAGCGUAAACGCAGACGCAGAAGAUGUUGA